GUAACUGCAAUAUUCUUUUUGAAGCUCAUGUACAGAUGGCAUGUGGAUGUUUAAAUAUGCUUUGAAAAGGGAGCCUACAGGCCAUUUGCUGCAAUAUACUCAGGCUGGAAUAAUUCAAGUAGAGCUGUCUAGGAUAUUAAUGGAAGAACUAAUCAAUCUAAUCACCAGUUGGUUCUUGGCUGUUACCCCCAGCUAAUGGCUUAAGUAAUCACAACUCAAAUUGACGCUUUGGAAAAUGAGGUUAAUUUGUCAAACUCAGAAGGGUUGGCUAUUAUCAUCCUAGAAUGUAGUGCCCCAUUAUUUCUGUAAUCGACGUUGCUAACCCAGCACAAAGUAUCUUCGUUUCUGUAUCUUUCGACAUAUUAUUCCAGCAAAUCAUGCAAUCCAAGUCAUUGGCCGUCUGCUUACAUGAUCAUAUUAUCUUUGUUCAAAUUCGUAUCGGACAGCUGCAGCUGUAGAUCACCCACUCCAAACCGUUCGUGUCCUAACAAAUGAUGACUAAAAGCCUGCAGAAGCAUCUUGCGGUAAGGAUGCUGCAAAGUACUAUUUGCCUUCUACGGUGAUUGGUGAACAGGCGUUUGGAGUUAACAAAUCUUGUAAAUCACCAACCUGCAUAUGCGAGUCAGUCAUGACGAAUGCAAAGGCAUCCGGCUGCAAAAGAUGAAGUGUUUGACUCAAAUCUCAACUGGUUUUCUUCCAUCGCUUGAAAUACUCAUGCGCUGAGUAGGCUCACAUUAGGACAUGAAGUCAUCCUCUGAAAGCUCAGUUAGGCGAACAGGUAGGAGGAGCUACGGAGCAAGGACCCAAAUGACCCGUGCUUGACCUGGCCAAGAUUUGACUACGCGCUCAUCUUGAGCGACCGAGUUCAGAGACACUGAGCUGCGGCAGAAGGCUACGAGGCGCGAAACUUCUUUGACCGGAACAGAGAGCCCCGGCUGUGCUGGUGCCUGCUACCAGUGAUCAUGGUGAAGGAAGAGGAGAUCGUCGCAAAGGCAGGAGGGCGAGGCUACAUCGACUUGCUUGGUCUGGGGGAAGAGGACUACUUGCUGUGCAUGUCCCCUUCCUCCUCUUCCAGUGUCGUCUCCGCCAUGAACACUAGUGCCACUCCUGCUGCGGCGUCGUCUCCUACCUGCGCCUCCUACCUGAACCCAGCUCCCGCCUAUCACCACAUGUUGAGCUUCGCCGGCCAAGAGCAGCACCACCACCAUGGUGGUGAAGGCGUCUUUGGCUUCCAGUACCACGGCGGUGAUCAGGCAGCGAUUCCGGUGGCUGUCCCGCAGAAGUCCAGCCCAACCACCGAGUGCUCCUCCUCCAUCUCCUCCAUGUCGUCCUCGCCGCCCGCAACAACAAUCUCGGCCAUCUCCAGCCCAAAGCCACAGGGUUUCAAGAAGAAGGGAUCAAGAAGCAGUGAUCAAAGAAAGGCUGCGCCUGCUGCUGUUGCUACCGCUGCUACUGCUACUACUGCUGCAGCUACGAACAAGAGGCCCAAGGUGAGGAAGGAGAAGCUCGGGGAGAGGAUCAUAGCUCUGCAGCAGCUGGUUUCUCCAUUCGGAAAGUCUGAUACGGCUUCCGUUCUGCACGAGGCGCUGGGAUACAUACGCUUCCUGCACGACCAGGUUCAGGCCCUGAGCUCGCCGUACAUGCAGCGACUGCCGGCCUCGGCGCACGCCCCGGCGCAGCAGGGCGCGGCCGGGACGGUGGUGGAGCCGCCGCGGGCGAGCGACCUGAGGAGCCGGGGGCUGUGCCUGGUGCCCAUCUCGUGCACGGAGCACGUCGCUGGCGGCGGGCACGGCCACGGCAACGGCGCCGACCUCUGGUCCGUGGCGGCGGGGGUGGCGAAGGCGGCCGCGGAGAACAAGGGGGCGGCUGCCGGAACGCUGCCUGGCGCUCGUGGCCACCCCGGUUACCUGGCCUAGCUGACUGCGGCAGACUUGCUAGCUUUGCAGAUUAUGUGCGGGGUUAUGGAUCUAAUCGGGCUAUUUCGGGGGGUUCAUUAAUCAGCUCCCGUACUCCCAUCACCUUUUGCUUAAAGUAAAACUUUUUGGGAGGUGGCAGCAGCUGCUUUUGCUGGAAAAGGGCGCAGGGAUCCAUAUGAACCCUAUUUCCGCAGAUGCCACAGCGCAGCAGGCAGGGGUGUGUAUAUUUUGGAGGAGGUUUUCUUUAGCUUCUUCAUUAGGAGUAGUACUAAGCUUAGAACUACUCCAUCCUCUUGUACUGAGCGUCCGAGCUUAGUAGAGAGAAGACAGCGAUGCGACGAUGCCGAGAUCUUUGGCACGAAUGUCUCCGUGGUGUCCCGCCUCACGACAGGCAUUGAAUGAAAGUUGCUGCCGCCGAUGAUGCUUGCUUGGGAGCAGUGCUGCGGUGACGGCUUCGGUAUCUGUUGCUUGCAUGGGGGAUAUCCGGUUUCAUCUGUGCUUGAUCUUGGUAAUCGGUUUGCCGUCCUUGGAAGUUGGAACUGCACGGUGCUUAAUGCCUCAAUCAACUUCUGUAUUAUCUCUGCCA